AUGAGUGCCCCGGACGCGGUGCGCCUGCUGGACGCCGCGGACUUCGCGGCCCGGAAGCACGCGGCGCAGCGGCGCAAAGACCCGGAAGGCACGCCGUACAUCAACCACCCCAUCGGUGAGCAGUCUCCUAAGCAUGUGCAGUGUGUGCUUUCUUCCGCAAUGCAGUGGGGACGGGGGCUUCACUUCCAGCUCGUCAUCUGUCGUGGAUGCAUUAGUUGAGAUUCCUGCAUUGCAGGGAGUUGGACUAGAUGGCCCUCAGGAUCCCUUCCAUUUCUACAAUUCUAUUAUUCCUUUUAGAAGCUAAGUACUGCCCCUCUGUCUAACACCCCCCACAGGUGUAGCCCAGAUACUGGCACAGGAAGCUGGAAUAACGGAAAUUGCAGUACUGCAGGUAAGGGCACCCCCUCUCCCUCCCUGAUAUUUUCCCUGUCCUAGUUUAAAGCUUCCAAGCACAGUGUGGCAAGGCUUAGCCUGGAAAACUCAUAAUAAGUGUGCCAUUAAGCAUGUGUGAAUGUCCUUGCAUUCCUGCAGAGAAGUACUUCAAAGAAGAGGGCAGGGUAUUGGGGAUCAAAGUCCUUUAGAAACUGAGCAUCAAGAACCUCCUAUUUCCAGGCUGCUCUCCUCCAUGACACUGUUGAAGACACAGACACCACCUUCUCAGAGAUCGAGGAGCACUUUGGGGAGGAAGUGAGGCGAAUUGUGGAGGAAGUGACGGAUGACAAGACUUUGGUCAAGAAGGAGCGCAAGCGGCUGCAGAUUGAACAAGCUGCUCAGAGCAGCCGAGAGGCCAAGCUGGUGAAACUGGCAGACAAACUGUACAACCUGCGAGAUCUCAACCGCUGCACACCCCAAGGUCUGUCUCUGGCCAGCCACCUUGGGUAGCCCUUCUGAAAGGAGGGAGAGUAGCUGGCAUGGGAUGGCAAGGUCCUUGCUGUCCUUUUCUGUGUUACAGAACAGGAGCUCAAUAACUAAUUUAUUAAGACUUCUGCUCUGUAUCUAUAAUCUGGUGGGGGCAGGAUCCAGUACAGCAUAUUAAAAUAUUGAGCUUGGACAAAACAUAAUAUAAAACCUUCAUAUGCUGCACACAGUUCCAGCCACACACAAAAAUGAGUUCAAAUAUCAAAAUCAUGUAGCUUUUCCCAAAUUAGUCUCUGGUGAGCACUGCUGUCAACUGAAGAGUCAAGCACCUAUGAGAACAGGUUUAGCUAGUAGACAUCAAUGCUGUUUUGGAACAGGUCAGGGAGAUCACACAGUCUCCACCCCACUUCUUAGGUGGCUCUGAUCCCCUCCUCAAAGUAGCAAAGCAAGUCCAGCUGUCACAGUGUGUGGCAAAACAGUAGUCAGGCUUGUGUAUGGAUGCAAGUGUGAAUUUCUGACUUGUGGGUUUGUCUCUCUUUGGCCAGGCUGGUCCGAGAACCGAGUCCAGGAGUACUUCCACUGGGCUUCGAAGGUAGUGACGGGCUUGCACGGGACAAACCCGGUGUUGGAGGAAAAAUUGUGGCUGCUGUUUAAAGCCAGAGGGCUACCUGAGUGA